AUGACACGCACCGACCCACCUGAUCUACUGGCAUCAACUGCGUACCGAGAUAUAGAACCCAGCCCCGCAUCCACACGUUCUGAGCACUUCCGCCCUUCCGGAAAAAAAUGUGAUGGUUCCUGGUUCCCCAGCACACUGGAGGAUAACCGGGAGCGGAUAAACAAAAGGCACUGUCGUAGCUUUGACCUGGAGUCACUGAGCGACCAAAGAUAUUGCACUUCCCUGAUGGAGUACACGUACCGGAGGGUGGAGAGGCAUGCCGUUCACCCAAACCUGGCCUGGAACACUCUGGGCCAGCAGGGCCCACAGCGGUUUUCUUCACCGGACCUCAUCAGUCACCGGCUUCCCGCUCAGUACAUCGCCGCCGUCAGCAGCCAAAAUGCCGCCAUGGUCUCCGAGGCGAUCGGGCACGAGCACAGGCAGCGGGCACGCUCCAAAAGUGCGCCGCGGGUGAAGACCGGCUUCAGCCGCGUGCCCUGUGAGGCGUCCCCGCCCGUCGGGAGAAGGGGGCGGGAAGUCAGCCGGGCUCCACGGGACCCCCCCAGGAGGCCCGAGUUGUCCCCGCGGCGGGAGCCCAUCCACACGGCUGCACCAAGCCGGCCACUCGUUAACGAAGUGCAUCCCAUCAAGCUGCAGCCUCAGAGAGGAGACACCAGUCGGUACUCUCCCCUCUAUGUUCCCGAUUGCUUUGUCAAUGAGAGCCAGCCUGAAAGGCAGCAGCAGCAUCAGCAGCAGCAGCAACCGGCCACCAGCCCUCAUGUCCGGUGCCGGGUGGACAUCAAGCCAGACGCAGCCGUCUUGCACCACGCUGGGAGGAAGCCUUCGGCAACACCCACCCGUUCUGAAGAGGUUCCCUGGCAACACUACCACACAGCCGGAGGCCACAGCCUGACCGUGCCCCGGCAAGCCCCCCCCUCCAGAACGGUCACACCCACCUCUGACUCCUAUGGCAGCGAAUACCGGGCUGCGUACCCCUACUCCAGCAGUGCUCCCAGUGGCUAUGUCCAGGCUCAGCCCAUGGAGAUCCCCCUGCCGAGGAUGCCCUCUUCGCGGGAGUACUACGGGAGAGAGCGGAGGGCCUUCUCCAGCCCUAAUGUGCUGACAAAAUUCUUCUACGCUGAUGAGCCUGUGAGCUAUCCCAGUCCAGGGCCAGUGCCUCACCCAAGGACUUACUACCCGGAGGAUCUUUAUAGCAAUCCCAGCCCAUCCCUUACCCCCAAAAUGCAGUAUGUGCAGCAGGAUCCCAGGGCUCGUGUGAUACAUGCCUCCCCAAGUCGGUCUUACUAUGGUGAUAUGGAGCUGUACCCCUUCCCUUACCCAUACCCAUUGCAAGCCACGUAUCCCAAACAAUACACCACAACUGAGCCAGGACCUUACAUCAUCCAAACACCCCCUGCUCGGACUUACUACACGGAAGAUCCCCGGACCUACCCCGUCCAGACUGUCCCACCCAAGAUCUUCUAUGUCCACGAGCGUUUCACCCCUCCAUCUGAACACCACAUCCCUUCCAGGGGGUAUCACACAGAGGGCCAUGUUCAGCGGCCUCGUGUUUCCCAGCCACAGGUGGAUGAUUGGUAUGGCUCAGAGGUGUCCGGCCAUAGCACCCACCACCCUUCCUCCCAGGCCUCGCAGUUCACCCCGCCCAGGGUGCGGCAGGAGCCUGAGCUGACCGCCUGGUAUGCCAACCCCUGCAUGGAAACCCCCAAGCUGGGGGCUAAUGCCCCCCGGAGCUACUCCAAGUCAUGGGACAAUAUCCUGGACACACGGGUGGAAAGGCAGCAGCCAAGAGAGCUUCAGCAACAGCAGCAGCCACGCGGCCAGAGCCAUGAUGAUCUCCUCUACCAGGGCAAGCAGACACUGUCCCCCGCUACCGAUGACAGGCGGCAGCCUGUGGUGGUCAACCUCUCUAGCUCGCCUCGCCGCUAUGCAGCCCUGUCCCUGUCAGACAACUCCCUCAUUGACAGAAGUCCCACAGAGAGUGCUGGGAGACUCAGUGCAGGCUCUGCAAAGCCCUGGUUUGUGACACCAGAGAUCACUAUCACAGACAACGACAUCCACCAAGGUGGCAAAUCUGACAGGAAGCAUAAGGCGGAGGAGAUACUUUCCCGUUCCCCAAGCUGGGAUGCCCUGGACUCUGGGGAUGGGCCAUCUGCUAAAGCCUCAUACCAGCAACCUGUCUCCUGUUCUGCAGUAGACUCCACCACCAAAGAGAAGACCCAAGACAGCUCCUUGCAGCAGAGCCUGGAGCAGCUUGAUGAGCUGCUGGCUGACUUAGUCAUUGACUACAAGCCCCCAGCCAGCAGAAGGCAUAGCGAGGACCUUCUGGGCCAGCUUAAGAAACUGAUUGGUGAGGAAGAGGUGAAGACAACAAGACCACCGGUGUCAAAAAAGGGUCUGUCCAGGGACUCCCCGGGCCCUUUGAGGAAACAGCCCCAGCCAGCUUCCAGAAAGAUGAUCCCCGGAGGCCCUCCAGGAGACCCAGACAGUGGCUGCGAUGGGCUUCAGCAGAAGAGCGCAGAAGAGUGCUCACCAGACGAGAGCACAGAUGAGGAUGACACCAUGAUGUGCUCCAACAGCAAGUGCCAGCGUACCGAGACCCUCUUCAACGCCUGCCUCUACUUCAAGUCCUGCCACAGCUGCUAUACCUAUUACUGCUCCCGCAACUGCCGACGGGAGGACUGGGAUAUCCACAAGGAGAGCUGCCUGUAUGGCCGAGUGGGAAGCAUCUGCCGUCAUAUCAUCAAAUUCUGCCGAGAGACAGCAGAUGUCCACAAGGCCUUCUCCCGUAUUGCCAAAGUCGGCUACCUCUCCCGGGGUAGGGGGGUCCUCUUCCUGGGUUUCCCCAGCGCAGGGUCAUCUGGAAACUUCCUCCGGUAUGGCCUGGAGAGCCUCCUCAUGACCCCGACUUACAUGUCCCUGCGUGAGCUGGACAGCUUCAGAGACAACCUGGGAGAAUACUGCAGAGAGCUCCAGGAGGCCGGGGAUCAGUAUGACCCGAGCGAAUGCUUCCUCCUGAACGUCUCCAUCGCCGUGGGCGAUCAAGUGCCUGACAGGCCCUCGCCACGGGUCCAAGCUCCAACCGUCAGGAAAUAUGCCAAGGUGUCACUGGCCUCCUACAGCCCUGAGCGGAAGGCCGCGGUAGCAGCCGCGGCAGCCUCGAGGAAGGAUAGUGGCAUGGAGACGUUGAUCCUCACCCCGCCCCCUGGAACCGCCAACAUUGAUCUGGAAGGUGAGGCGGGACGAAAGGCUCGCGAGGUAUGCUUCAUACACAUCCAAAGGGAGCUGAGGACCCGGGGGGUGUUCCUGCGUCACGAGUACCCCCAGGUUUACCGGCAGCUGUGUGACUUUGUGGAGAGCAAUGAAAGGUUCACGCCAACCACUAUCUACCCCAUUGACAAGAGGACCGGGAAGCAGUUCAUGUGCAUGAUCAUGGCUGCAUCUGAGCCCAGGACACUCGACUGGGUGGCAACCCCAAAUCUUCUCGAUGACAUUAUAUAG